CAAAAGCUUUUGACCAGAGAUGUUAUGAUUUAUCGAGAAAGAUUUGGGGAAUUGACGGUGUUUUUCCUUCAAAAUCAAAGAAUAUGCGCCAAGGUCAGCUUGAAGGAAGGGUCAAGGAUGAAGAAGAUGAAGAGCCACAGAGCACACCCUUAUCUUUUGGUCAAGAGUUCGUCUCUUUCGUUAAAGCUGAGAAUCCGAAUUGUAUAGGUAUUGAUGAAGUAGAGUAUUUUGCAAGUUGGGAUAAGGUCAAAGAUGGACCAAAGAAGCGAGAGUUGGAAAAAACGUUGAAGAAGAUGCAGGCUAAGCAAGCGGAGCUUUGUAUGAUAAGGAUUGAAUUAGUGGCAGACGCGGCGAAAAUAAUGUUUAAACAAGACAACGCAUCUUCUUCGGAUCAGUGUGCAGUGACAAGAAUGCAGAUAUACGUAAGAGAUAUGAUUGAAACGUUCAUGAACCUAGAGGUUAAGGGAUCCGACACCAUCAAAAGCAUCAAGGAGAAGAUCCAAGACAAAGAGGGCUUUCUAGUGGUGGACCAGAGGCUCGUCUAUCACGGCAAGCAGCUCGAGGAUGGUCGCACCAUAGACGACUGCCACAUCCAAGAUGGAUCGAUACUUAACUUUAUCCUUCGUAUUUCUCAUAAGGCUAUGGAUGGGAAAACAACGAUCAACCUAGAGGUUGAUAGCUCCAAAACCAUCGACCUCAAAAUCGACGAAGACCACACGAGCUGUGGAAAUAUUCCACCGAAGAUUCGUCAUGGUAAAGUCAUGCAGCUCUUCAUGAAGACUGUGGAUGAAAAAACAAUGAUCAACCUAGAGGUCGAUAGCUCCAAAACUAUCGACCUCAAGAUCAACGAAAACCCAACCCGUCGAAAAAAUGGGCCGGACCUUCGUCAUGGUGAAGGCAUGCAUAUUUUUAUAAAACCUUUGACAGGAAAGAGAAUCGCCUUAAAUGUGACAAACUGCGAAACAAUCGAUAACGUUAAGGCCAAGAUCCAGGAUAGAGAAGGCAUUCCGGGUGACCACCAGAGGCUGUUCUUUGCUGGCAGGCAACUCGAAGAUGGUCGCACCGUAGCCGACUACAACAUCCAGAACAACUCGACCCUUCACUUAGUACAGCGUCUCUAAGACGUGGCGGCUAAUUUGGAUUUUUAUAUUCGUAUGUCUAUUUUCUUGUUAAAGACAAUGUAACCAGUGGAGUUUUAAUGAAUUCAAGAUGUUUUA